CAGCAUAUUUUAGAAAAGAAGCAUUCUAGAUGUUUCUUAACAUCAUAAUUCAUAGUGCGUUUCCUUUCUCGAGCACACUUCCAUUUUUGAGAAGCUACAAUUCUGUGGACUCACCUUCCUGCCCAUUCCCCACACCCAAUAAGGCUUUCAACUAUAUAUAGCUACCCGCUUUUACAGUAACCACUACAAUUUUGUGUAAAAUUGAAGUUUUCAAUGGAGAAUCAGUUGGGUCUUCUGAGAAUCCGUAUCAUUAGAGGCAUCAAUUUGGCCAUUAGAGACUUGAGAAGCAGCGAUCCCUAUGUUGUUGUUAGAAUGGGCAAACAGAAAUUGAAGACUAGAGUGGUGAAAAAGAACGUCAAUCCUGAAUGGAAUGAAAACUUAACGCUAUGUAUUGCUCAACCUAUUCUCCCAAUCAAGCUGCAAGUUUAUGACAAGGAUACAUUUUCUCGUGAUGAUAAAAUGGGCGAUGCAGAAAUUGACAUUAUACCAUUUAUAGAUGCAGUAAGGACGACGACAUGCUUUAAGAACAUCCCCAAUGGAGUUAUAAUUUCCAGAAUAAUGCCUAACCGGCAGAAUUGCUAUUCUGAAGAAAGCUGUAUUGUGUAUGAAAAUGGCAAGGUUGUCCAAAACGCGUUUCUUAGGUUGAGGAAUGUUGAGUGUGGUGAAAUAGAACUCCAGUUGCAAUGGAUACACAUUCCUGGUUCCAAGAUUCUAUAGCUAAUUCUAUUCCAGCUACUGUGUCCAUUAUGUACAUUAUGCUUGCUGUUUUUUCUUUUUGAAUUUUUAAUGGCCGGCCUUGUAAAGAAAACUAGAUUUUGUAUUUAUCUAUAUGAAUAUAUAUUGAUGUUCAAUUAAAUGAAGUU